GUAUGGGAAGCUGCAAGAGGUUACCGCUUGGCACAAUCGCCACACUUUUGCUUUUCAUUCAAAUCAGUUUUUAUCAAUGCGACGGAAAAACGGCUGAAGAAUGGAAAGGAAGGAUAAUAUAUCAGCUCCUGACGGAUCGGUUUGCCCCCUCUGGAGAUUUACCGUCCAGAAAAUGUGAUGAUUUAAAGAACUAUUGCGGUGGCACGUUCAAAGGGAUUGAAAAACACCUGGACUACAUAACAGGCCUGGGCGUUAAUGCUGUAUGGAUCUCACCCAUUGUGCAAAAUACCGAUAGAGGUUACCAUGGUUACUGGGCUCAGAACAUAUUUGAAAUAAAUCCGCACUUUGGAAGCCGGGAUGAUCUGAAAUCCUUAGUAGCAGCCUGUCACGAGAGGGGAGUCUGGGUAAUGCUUGACCUUGUGGCCAACCACAUGGGGUACCCACCCGGUACUGGAUUUAAUAACCUUAUUCCUUUUAAUGAAUCAAGACAUUACCAUCCCCAACAUUCUUACAUAAAAUGGCCUCAAGAAUGUAAAGACCAAUGGAAGAUCGAGAACUACUGGCUUGCAGGCCUACCUGAUCUUGACCAAAGCAAUCAAUUUGUAGCCACAACGCUCUUGAAAUGGAUCCAAGGUCUGACUGACGAGUUUGGCUUUGACGGUUAUCGCCUGGACACUACCAUACAGGUUCCAAAGACAUUCUGGGCAGAGUUUCGUAAAGCUGGAGGAGCGUUUAUGAUCGGGGAGGCAAACAAUGGUCCCCCACCCUGUGGAUCAAUGGAAUAUGUAGCGGAAUACCAGGGGUAUAUUGACUCUGUGCUAGCUUAUCCAAUGUACUGGACCCUGCGGAAGAUCUUCCAGGAAAAAUCGAAGGAUUUUACUGCACUUAGUGCUGCCGUAAAGAGUUCCUACACAAUUUAUAAGGACAGAUCAGUCUUUGGAGGCUUUCUGGAUAACCACGACAAUCAAAGAUUCUUGAAUCUUAACCCAAGCCACACAUCACUGAAAAACGCUCUUGCAUUUUUGAUGAUGGGAGACUGGAUCCCAAUUGUGUACUACGGGACCGAACAGGGAUUUAACGGCGGCUCCGACCCAUAUAACCGUGAAUCUCUUUGGCCCUCUUUGUCCACCGCAAACCCAUUGUAUAAGUUUAUUCAGACACUCGCGAAGUUCAGAAGAUCUCUUGGAAAUGAAUGGAUACAAGACAAACAGGUGGAGAGGCACGUCCAGGCUGAUGCUUAUGCCUUCUCUAAAGGAGGCAUACUGGUUGUCAUAACCAAUCUGGAUACAUCCAUCAAUAUUUCGGUCAGGGAUACCCCAUACCAACCGGGGAAUACUCUGGGGAAUGUUUUGAAUUCUUCAGAAACUCUAACCGUUUCUUCAGAUGGUUCUCUACCAGUAACAUUAAACUCGGGUCAGCCUCUUGUUCUUUUCAAGAAAUAAAUGAUUGGGUAACGAGGGCUGAAGGAUCUUGAUAUUCAUGGGAGGCAUGAACUGUUCCUAGUAAUUUCCCUUCGUCAAAAUUUUAGUUACUAUAUUUCCGUUCAGUCAAAAUAAUCAAGCUUUUUUUCAUUUUUUUUUUUCGAUUAGCCAUGGUCAUUAAAAUUUGGGCUUCAUCUGGUGAUAAGAAAUUCAAGCUUGAAUUUGACAAGCUGCAAAUGAGAUUCAAAGUUUAUUGGACAAAAUUUAUUUUAUUUUUUUCCAGACCACUCAAUAUUGUUAUAGAGACAAAUUUCAGUCUCUUUCGAUGGAAAAAAAUUAAGGAUUUUCACUGAUGCCUUUUUUCUUCCAAUCCUUGGGGUAACGCUUUUCAUAAUCACAUCACCGAUAGACAAGCGACAUAGCAGGGAAAUAUUGGCCAGAAUACAAAAUUGACACGUGGAAGCUUAAAAUAAUUAAUAUCUGUUAAGUUUUUAAGCAAUAGAGACCAUCAUCUUGCUUUUGGUUUACCAGUGUAAUAAGGCACGAAAGAUGGUCGGUCAAAAUGCUGGUAAUCGAUAGCGUCAGCGGCCUGUUGAUUAAAAAUAGUUGAGGUUUC